CGGCCUUGCAGCUCCCCGGGAAUUGUGGAUAUGCACCUCUCUUUGUUCGGCUGCAGGUGUGGUUGCACAAUAUGCAAGCAGAUAUCAGGAACCACACAAAAGCUAUGGUGGCGGAAACUCUCAUCGCCAGAGCGAGGAUGGCUCUCGUGAAAGUCUACAAGGUUCCAACAUGUAAAAGCGGCAGAGCCUCGUCUGAAGCCUGGCUUGAAGCCUCAUGGUCCUACCAACCCUUAUAUAGUUGAGUUCGUCGGUUUCAAUGCACUUGAACAGCCUAGCUCUUUCUCCUUGUAAUACUUUGAAACAUUCCUUAUACUAAUAAUAUGACAAGCACAAAUACCAAUACCGUGAAAGCUCUGGUGGCGGUGGACUUUGGAACCACCUACUCUGGACUCUGCUGGGCACUUGCUGAGAAGCCUGGAGACAAUCAUGCCAUUCAGCACAAUCUCAUUCAGCAAUGGCCAGGAGAGGCUGCCGGUUACAACAAAGUCCCUUCGACUCUGCUAUACGACAACGAGGGAACUCAUAUCUGGGGUUACCAAAUCAAAGACACUGUACCCAGACACGAAUGGUUCAAACUAGGUCUCUUUCCCGGCGCCGAGGAUUCGAACCUUGCGCAGCGCUACCCCAGCUUGUCAGCACUACAAAAAGUCCACGGAGAAGAUGCGGAGAAACUAGUCAUCGAUUACCUGACUAGUCUCAGGAAACAUGCGGAGAGUACCAUGGAGACGACUUACGGCCGAGCAUUAUUCUCGAAGAUCUCUAGGGAAUAUAUCAUCACGGUCCCUGCCGUGUGGUCUGACAUAGCACAAGACAAGACCCGAAGGUGUGCCCAAAAGGCUGGCAUGGGUGAUUACGUCCAGAUAAUUACCGAGCCUGAAGCUGCUGGGAUAUAUGCUCUGGAUAGCACGCCAAAUGUGGACUUGAAGAUCAAUGACACAUUCGUUCUUUGUGAUGCUGGUGGAGGUACCGUCGACUUAGUAUCUUACACCAUCGCGGCUCUGAAGCCGAUCCCAAAACUUGUCGAAUCUGCCGAGGGCUCAGGUGGGCUUUGCGGAAGCAUAUUCCUCAACCGCAUCUUCUCGUCACACCUGAAGGAGAAGUUCAAGAACUAUCCUGACUGGACGGAAGAGUACCAUGGCGAUGCAUUAAAAGCAUUCGACGAUGACAUCAAGAAGAAUUUCAUGGGCGAUACGAGGACUCCUUAUAUCAUCAAUGUCCGUCCUUUGCGGAAGCCAGAGCUCGGUAUCGUGAAUGGAAAGCUCAAGAUCUCUGGACAAGAGGUGAAGGAAAUUUUUGAGCCUGUGAUUCAGGAGAUCUUGGCGUUGGUUAAGGGUCAGAUUACGAACACCAGGAAACCAGUCAAGGCUGUGCUCAUGGCGGGAGGGUUUGGAUUGAGCGAGUAUUUGCGCAAGAGGAUACAAGGUGCAAUCUCAACCGAUAUUGAUGUGAGGAAAGUGGCACAAGGCGAGACUGCAAUUGUCAAAGGAGCUUUGAUCAGAGGACUCUCUGAGAAAGAGCCAGGUCUUGCGACUAUCCGUGUUGAGUCAAGAAUUGCUCGAAGACACUAUGGAACCAUGGCAUAUGAUAUAUUCGGCGAAGGGCAUGAAGAAGGAAGGAAAGAGCCUGGCCCGUUUGGUGACCGUAUCAAAGUCAUGCAGUGGCUCAUUGCAAAGAAUACCAACAUCAGCGAAACACUGCCAAACAAGCCUACUUUGUACUGGUGGGAUAGGCCAGUCCUUGAUGGACCGCCUACGAUCAUUACAGUAGCAAUCUAUGCGUGUGACAGGGACCAGCAACCAGAAUAUCCGGACGCAAGUAAGUACUCAAAGCUACCAUUGCUCGGAGUAAGGAUGAGCGCUGAUUUCAAACGUGCUAGGUGUUUACAAGCUUGUCAACCUUGACAUAGAUAUCAGUGGUUUGCCAGCCGAUAAAUUCAAGGAGCGAGGCACGGGUUCCCAGAUGUUCUACAAGAUCCCGUAUCAGAUAGAGAUCAAGAUCCACUCGGGAAGUAUUGGUUUUGCUCUUGUUUAUGGGGAGCUGCGUUAUGAGGCGACGAAGGUAGAGUACAUCAAGCCUAGUAGGACCACAGCAUAAGCAGCCUUAAACCGCGUAGAUAGAAUGUUCGUACUUUAUUUGUAGUUGAGCGUUCACCAAUCGGGAAUGCCUCCGGUUUUGAGCCAGUGAGCUUACUCACUCAAGGCAUCACUUCAGCUCACUUUCCAAACAAUGCAUGAGGAACUGAACUUGACGGCCGCUUAUCAAUGCAGUGCUGCUAUAUGAUGCAUAAUCCGAGUGUCAAAAAUGCCCAAACAUUCCGUGGCUUUAUUGUUACUGCAAGGCUCGAGAACGAGAAGCUUACCAAGCCGGAAUCUCUCUAGCGAGACGCAGGCGCCC